UCACGCUGGCGGGAACGAGCACGUCCGAGACCCGGCGGCUGCGGCCCUGGGAAGUGUAACCGGGGUCAGGGCUGUGGCAGCCGCUUAGGGUUAACUAGGAAGACCUGGGUUCAAGUUUUGUCUCUAUGACACAUACUGUCUGUGUGUCUUUGGCAAGUCACUUAAUCUUUUAUGGCUCUAGACAGCUCUCUUAGACCCUAACUUGUAGAGAGAAGGUGCUGACCUACAUUGGUAGAGGUGUCCUUGUGGAGAGUGAACAAUGGAUGCUCUGGAUCAUAUGCUUACGGAUCCUUUGGACCUGGGGCCAUGUGGAGAUGGCCAUAGCACUCGAAUUAUGGAGGACUGCAUGCUAGGAGGGACCAGGGUUAGCCUUCCAGAGGACCUAUUGGAAGAUCCUGAGAUAUUCUUUGAUGUAGUUAGCCUCUCAACAUGGCAGGAUGUGCUGAGUGACUCUCAGCGUGAGCACCUCCAGCGGUUCCUGCCUCACUUCCCUGAAGAUAACAUCGAGCAACAAAAUCAGCUUAUUCUAGCCCUAUUCAGUGGGGAAAACUUUCGUUUUGGGAACCCAUUGCACAUUGCCCAAAAACUCUUCCGAGAUGGGCACUUUAACCCAGAAGUGGUGAAGUACCGGCAGCUGUGCUUCAAGUCUCAGUACAAGCGCUACCUCAACUCUCAGCAGCAGUAUUUCCAUCGGCUGCUGAAACAGAUUCUCGCCUCACGCACCGACUUGUUGGAGAUGGCUAAGACAAGUGGCCCUGCCCUUCCCCUUCGGAGGAAACGGCCUUCACUAUCCUGUACCCCAGAGGAAAGAGAACGACGUACUCAGCAGCGCUACUUGAAGGUUCUUCGGGAAGUUAAGGAAGAAUGUGGAGAUAGCACCUUGUCCUCUGAUGAGGAAGAUCUCAGCUCAUGGCUUCCGAGCUCUCCAGCCUGUUCUCCUAGUCCUGCGGUGCCCCUGAGGGUGGUGCCCACGCUUUCAACCUUGGAUAUGAAAACUGCAGAUAAACUAGAGCUGGGAGACAACGAUCUGAAGAUGAUGUUAAAGAAACACCAUGAGAAGCGGAAACACCAACCCGAUCACCCAGACCUUUUAACAGGGGACUUGACUCUUAAUGACAUCAUGACACGAGUGAAUGCUGGCAGGAAGGGCUCUCUUGCAGCUCUGUUUGACUUGGCUGUCCUAAAAAAAAAGGCAAAAGAAAAAGAGGAGAAGAAGAAGAAGAAGCUGAAAAUGAUAAAAUCUGAGAUAGAUGAUCUAGCUGAACCUCUGAGCAAUCCAGAGGGAAUCCCGCCCCUGUCCCAGGCCCCAUCCCCACUGCCAAUUUCUGCCAUCAAAGAAGAGCCUCUUGAAGACCUCAAGCCCUGCCUUGGAAUCAAUGAAAUAUCAUCUAGUUUCUUCUCUCUCCUACUGGAGAUCUUGCUCAUGGAGGGACAGGCUAGUCUUCCUAUGCUGGAAGAGCGAGUCCUGGAUUGGCAGUCAUCUCCAGCCAGUACCCUUAAUAGCUGGUUCUCCUCAGCUCCCAACUGGGCAGAAUUAGUGUUACCAUCCCUGCAGUAUCUUGCUGGAGAUAGCCGAGCUGUUCCUUCUAGCUUCUCUCCAUUUGUUGAGUUCAAGGAGAAGACCCAGCAGUGGAAAUUGAUUGGCUCAUCUCAAGACAAUGAGAAGGAAUUAGCUGCCUUAUUCCAACUGUGGCUAGAAACCAAAGACCAAACUUUCUGCAAGCAGGAAAAUGAAGACAGUUCAGAUGCCACAACACCAGGUCCCCGAGUAAGAACUGACUAUGUAGUCCGGCCCAGCACAGGGGAAGAGAAGCGGGUUUUUCAGGAGCAGGAACGUUUCCGUUAUAGCCAGCCUCACAAAGCUUUCACCUUCCGAAUGCAUGGUUUUGAAUCUGUGGUGGGGCCAGUCAAAGGUGUCUUUGACAAAGAGACCUCACUUAACAAGGCCCGGGAGCACUCUUUGUUGCGCUCAGAUCGCCCUGCCUAUGUCACCAUUCUGUCUCUUGUCAGGGAUGCUGCAGCCCGACUGCCCAAUGGAGAAGGGACUCGGGCAGAAAUCUGUGAAUUGCUGAAGGAUUCCCAAUUCCUUGCUCCGGAUGUUACCAGCACUCAGGUGAAUACAGUAGUAAGUGGUGCCUUGGACCGACUACACUAUGAGAAAGACCCAUGUGUAAAAUAUGACAUUGGACGAAAGUUGUGGAUCUACCUUCACCGUGAUCGAAGCGAGGAAGAGUUUGAGAGAAUUCACCAGGCACAGGCAGCUGCAGCAAAAGCCAGAAAAGCCCUGCAGCAAAAACCUAAGCCCCCUGCCAAAGUGAAGUCCAGUAAUAAGGAGAGCUCUGUGAAGGUGCUUAACAGUGGUACAUCAGAGCCAAGUCAGCUAAGUCUUAGUGACUCCAGCAUGCCAGCCACUCCUGUCACACCUGUCACCCCGACCACCCCGGCCUUGCCUGCUACUCCCAUAUCACCUCCACCUGUGUCAGCUGUUGGCAAGAAUGCACCUAGUACAGGCCCGGAGCCAGCUAAAUCUAGCCCAAGCGUUCUUUUAGUAUCCUCACCAACAAUGCCUCAGUUGGGAACAUUGCUGUCCCCAACUCCAAGUAACCAGACUCCACCAAAUUCCCAGUCCACUGGCCGGGUGGUGAGCCAUUCUGGUUCAACUGGACUUCCCCAGGUGAGGGUGGUAGCUCAGGCCAGCCUUCCUGCUGUCACUCAACAGUCCACAAAUUCAACACAGACACUGCCACAGAUGCCAGUGGGCCCACAAAUCCGGGUUCCAGCCACUGCUACACAGACCAAAGUCGUGCCACAAACAGUGAUGACAACUGUUCCAGUGAAAACUCAGCCUCCCCCAGCCCCAGCACCUGUGCAGCGUCCUGGGCAAGGCCAGGCAGGACUCACAGUGACAGGUCUCACUGCCACCACUAGCCCUGCAGCGAAACCUGCCACCAGCUCCCCUGGAAGCUCUGCAUCAAGUUCCUCCACAACCACUGUUAUCCAGAAUGUACCUGGCCAGAAUAUCAUCAAACAGGUGGCAAUUACUGGACAGCUAGGCAUGAAGCCUCAAACAGGCAACAGCAUCCCGCUAACAGCCACUAACUUCCGUAUCCAGGGUAAGGAUGUUUUGCGCCUGCCGCCCUCGUCCAUCACCACCGAUGCUAAGGGCCAGACGGUUCUACGUAUAACUCCUGACAUGAUGGCUACCCUGGCCAAGUCCCAGGUCACUACAGUCAAACUGACUCAGGACCUCUUUGGGGCAGGAAGUGGUACUGCAGGAAAGGGCAUCUCUGCUACUUUGCAUGUCACUUCCAACCCUGUGCAUACAUCUGACAUCCCCGUCAAGGCCAACUCGGCUACUGCCCCUUCAUCUACUCCAGCAGGUACCACUGUGGUCAAAGUAGCCCCUGACCUGAAGCCUGCAGAAGCCUCAAGCUCAGCUUUCCGUUUGAUGCCAGCGCUUGGUGUGAGUGUGGCAGAUCAAAAGGGCAAAGGUGCAGUGGCUUCGACAGAGGCAAAGCCAGCUGCUACAAUCCGCAUUGUGCAGGGACUAGGAGUGAUGCCUCCUAAACCAGGCCAAACUAUAACAGUUGCCACCCAUCCCAAGCAAGGGUCCUCCUCAGCCAGCGGGCCUGGAGCUGUUCAUACUUCCACUGUGUCCUUGCCCAGUAUGAGUGCUGCUGUGUCAAAGGCUGUGGCAGUGGCUUCUGGGGCCACAGGCACCCCUAUCAGCAUCGGAACGGGAGCCACCACUGUGCGACAGGUCCCUGUGAGCACCACAGUUGUAUCCACUUCCCAGGCUGGUAAGCUGCCUACACGGAUUACAGUGCCAUUGUCAGUGAUUAGCCAACCCAUGAAAGGCAAGAGUGUGGUUACGGCUCCGAUCAUCAAGAGCAACCUUGGAGCCAAUAUCAGUGGAUUGGGCCGGAAUAUUAUCCUCACUACUAUGCCAGCUGGCACCAAGCUCAUCACUGGUAACAAACCUGUUAGCUUCCUCACUGCUCAGCAGCUGCAGCAGCUGCAGCAACAAGGCCAGGCCACACAGGUACGCAUUCAGACAGUCCCAGCUUCCCACCUCCAACAGGGAACAGCUUCUGGAUCUUCCAAAGCUGUCUCUACUGUCGUCGUGACCACAGCCCCAUCCCCAAAGCAGGUGCCUGAACAGCAGUGAACAUGUAAGGGGAAAGAAGAUGGCUUCUCAUGGCUGCCCCGGGUCCAUUCUCCCAGCUGAAGAGAAUGGGAACUGUAUCACAUCUGCAAACCCUCCUUCUUAAGGAGAGAGAGGCCGGAUAGUGGGGUGAUGUCAGCAAACUGGAUUCUGCAGUCUCAGGAUCUAGUGAAUAAUACUAAAAAGGGCCCCAGAUCACUCCAGGGUUCCUGAGCCUACUUUGUGGAUUAAUUUAAGGGAAGACAGUUUAUUACAGUUGUAUGCGGUCCCAACUAUACCAUACAGAUCAGAAUUUUCUCCCUUGGUGUUGAUUGGAGUCAAGUAGGAAAAUUAUGAGAGAUUUCCUAACUUUAGAGUAUGCAGACUCUGUGAGCAAGCCUUAACUUGUAUCUGCAGAUCUUUAGUGAUUUUAGCCUCCCAUGGUAUUCCUUAGUCACUUCUGUGACUGGUGGAUUGGAUACCAGGUUUAGGUGACAUUUUGUGUCCAGAAAAUAAUUUUAUAUAACUUAUUGGUGUUUUUCUUUUAAAGAUACUAUUGCACCUCUUUCUCAAAACAGAUGCUUGGGCUUUAGCCCUUAAAUAGAUCACAUAGUCUCUUUUAAGGGAAUAGCUGGUAUCCCAGUAAGCUAGUGCAGAUUUUUUUAUGACUACGAUAGAGAGAGAAAGGCUGUGUGGCUGCACAAAAUGUAAGCAAUGGGUGGACCACAGUGGAUUUCCUGAAAUGAGACUACAAAUGGAAACUGCCUAUAUUAUAAGAUGGUGUGUGGGACUUUGAACAUGGUGUAAGUUUAUUGCUAAGUCUUUAGACUUAUUCCAUAGACUUAGCUCCUCUUAUAAACAGUGGCCCAGAAAAAGUGAGCAGGCUCCAGGGGAAUACCACCAUUUGUGCUGCUUUUGCUAUCUUGUGUUAGGGCCUGAACUUUAUUCUAUGUUAGUGGUGCUGCUCUCACUUCUGAUCUUGGAAUAAGGAAGAGAGUAGGGAGGCACAGGACCAAGGAGCAGCCUAUCCAGCAAACACUGAUCUUAUACAUAUUGACCUGAAGUUUUAAAACAUUUUAUUAAUACUGGCUGUUUCAUGCUUCUUUCUGCAGUCUCUAUUGCUGCCUGACAAUGCUCUUUUAAAAAAAUUUUUAAGUGUAAUAUAUAAUUAAAUGUGCUGUUAACAACA